GGAGCGGGUCCGCCGCUGAGUGAGGUCCGUCGCUGACGCUGCGGCUCUUCCCGUCCGGCGGCGCCAUGGAGACGAUCCUGGAGCAGCAGCGCCGCUACCACGAGGAGAAGGAGCGGCUCAUGGACGUGAUGGUGAAGGAGAUGAUGGUGAAGAAAGGCUCGCUUCGGGACCAAAUCAACUCUGAUCAUCGUGCUAGAGCAGUGCUUGAUAGAUACAUGGAAGUUUCUGGAAAUUCAAGAGACUUGUACGAAGAUAAAGACAGUAUGAGAAAAGAUGAGUUAAAUGCUAUUUCAGGACCCAAUGAGUUUGCAGAAUUCUACAAUCGGCUGAAAAUGAUCAAAGAAUUCCACAGAAAACACCCAAAUGAGAUAAGUAUACCCAUGUCAGUAGAGUUUGAGGACUUAAUGAAGACACGGGAUAGUCCAGGUGAAGAAGCACUGAAUCUAGUGGAGUUCACGGAUGAGGAAGGAUAUGGACGCUAUCUUGACCUUCAUGACUGUUACCUCAAAUACAUUAACCUGAAAGGCUCAGACAAAUCUGAUUAUAUUACCUACCUCAUCACAUUUGAUCAACUUUUUGAUAUUCCAAAAGAAAAGAAAAACACAGAAUAUAAGCGGUAUCUGGAAAUGUUGCUGGAUUAUCUGCAGGAUUAUGGAGACCGAGUGAAACCGUUAUUGGAUCAGAAUGAGCUGUUUGGAAAAAUACAAAUUGACUUUGAGAAAAAAUGGGAUAAUGGCACAUUUCCUGGCUGGCCAAAAGAGACAAGCAGUGCCUUGACUCAUGCAGGAGCUCACUUGGAUUUGUCGGCUUUUUCAUCUUGGGAAGAAUUGGCUUCCCUGGGGUUGGACAGAUUGAAAUCUGCUUUGAUGGCUUUGGGUCUGAAAUGCGGAGGAACCUUAGAAGAGAGAGCUCAGAGGUUAUUCAGCACCAAAGGGAAAUCUUUGGAGGCACUAGAUCCUUCACUAUUUGCAAAAUCUAAAUCCAAAGGCACCAAAAAGGAUUCUGAACGCAACAAAGAAAUUGCUUUCCUUGAAGCUCAAGUAUAUGAAUACAUAGAGAUCCUUGGGGAACAGAGACAGCUCACCAGAGAAAAUGUUCAGCGCAAACAAGCCCGGACUGGAGAGGAGCGGGAGGAGGAAGAAGAGGAGCAUAUCAGUGAAAGUGAAAGUGAAGAUGAUGAAAAUGAAAUCAUCUACAAUCCCAAGAACCUGCCACUGGGUUGGGAUGGCAAGCCCAUUCCGUACUGGUUGUACAAGCUGCAUGGUUUGAACAUCAACUACAACUGUGAAAUUUGUGGAAAUUACACUUACAGAGGACCCAAAGCAUUCCAACGCCACUUUGCUGAGUGGCGUCAUGCUCAUGGCAUGAGGUGUCUCGGAAUCCCAAACACGGCACAUUUUGCCAAUGUUACCCAAAUUGAGGAUGCAGUAUCCUUGUGGGCAAAGCUCAAGCAUUCAAAGGCUGCAGAGAGAUGGCAGCCAGACACAGAGGAAGAAUAUGAAGAUUCAAGUGGAAAUGUAGUUAACAAGAAAACCUACGAAGAUUUAAAAAGACAAGGCUUACUCUAAACCAACGAACUACUGCUUCAUACAGAUGUCUUUUUCAUGCUCGGUGAUAUCCAUAUGUUAAAAGCUUAGUUAAUUUCUUUCUCCAGUCAUAUUAGUUUAAGAACAGAUCUUGUAUUCCCCAAAGUCUGUAGCUUAAUUCAAAGGAAUUUGAAGAGAACCAGAUCUAAUGCAAUUAGUAAUUGUUUAGUAUUCUAAAUCUCAUUUAGUAAUUGUUAGUAUUCUAAAUCUCAGUGUAAUGAUAUACAGCAUUCUGCUUUGUAUUUUCAUAAAACAAGCAUAACGGGUGAGCAGAGGGAUUAGAACCAUUUUUGUUAGUGGGUGUGAAACCUUUAUAGAUGGAUCUCAAGUUUGUCAAAGCAGAAUGUAAUUUAUAAUAAACAAUGCUAUAUCAUUUAAACAAAUAGUUUAAGUCUUUAUUUUAGUUGUUUUUCUCCCCAGAAGCUGGCAUCCUUUUACAGUUUAAUAAAGCAAAUUGUGUUUUUUUUUG